GUUAAGCUUACUUGUAUGGAGAUGAUGAAACCUGUUCUGCUGCAUUACAGAUCAACUUCCAUCAUGAAGACGCUAGUGUGUGCUCUUAUUUUGGUGCUCCUCUGCAGUGCAUCAGUGCACACUCUGACAUGUUACACCUGUGUGGAUGGGGACUGCAAGACUCCAACUGAAUGUCCAGCCUCGAGCAAUUUCUGCAAAACUGUUUCAACACCUGAUGUUUUCACCCGGACAUGUGAGGAGUUCUGUGUACCUGGAGUGAAUGUCUACUGCUGCAGUACAGAUCUGUGUGACUGAUCUUCUCUCAACAUCCCCAGUCCUGCUGAUCUACAUCAGUAGAGACACUAUUAGUCAGACAGCAAUGCAUAUUGUAAUAGUAUACUGUAAUAAGAAAAAAAGGGUGUCUGUAGGUGUUAGUUAUUUUUAAAUGUGCUUUUGCAAUUUUUUUCUAAUGAACUUUUCCACCCUGACUCUAUAUGGUUUGCUUUUACACCAGUAGUGCUGCUUCAAGAGAUGGCUAAUCUCUGUAUCUGAUUUGAUUUAGGAAUGCAAUAAAAAAAUACUA